GGCACCCUUUGGGCUUUCCCUUCGCCGUGCUUCGGCUCCUUGACACGAGGGGUUUCAGCUCCAGUUCCAGUUUCAGCUCCAGUUCCAGCGUCUCAGCGCAGCAUCUCUGGGCGACCUCAUACUAAGGGUGGGUCAGUUCAUCCUGUGAAACGGAGUCAAGAACCCAGCUUCAGGGUUAUUGUAAAAGGGUAUUUGAAGAGACAAUGCCGGCUGUUAGGACGCUGUGGAGAGUUGUGGGCCAGAUGGGGCAGGGCCCUGCCUGUGGCUGUGGGAUGGCGGCCCUGCCCGGCCGGGCCCUGGGCACCUCCCCUUGGCAAAGUCCAGCAGAUGCCAGCUUUCACUCUGCCUCUUCCUCCGAAACAGACCGGCCACGUGUCUUAAUUACAGGGGGUCUUGGCCAGCUUGGCGUGGGGCUUGCUAACCUGUUGAGGAAACAAUUUGGGAAGGACAAUGUGAUUUUGUCUGACAUAAGGAAACCCUCUGAUCGCGUGUUCCAUAGUGGCCCGUUUAUCUACUCUGACAUUCUGGAUUACAAGAAUCUUCGAGAGAGCGUGGUCAACCACCGCAUCACCUGGUUGUUUCAUUACAGCGCUUUGCUCAGUGCAGUGGGAGAAGCAAACGUCUCCUUGGCGAGGGCCGUCAAUAUCACUGGAUUGCAUAAUGUGCUGGACGUUGCCGCGGAACACAAUUUGCGAUUGUUUGUGCCCAGCACCAUCGGAGCUUUCGGACCCACUUCUCCCCGGAACCCAACCCCCGAUCUCUGCACUCAGAGACCCAGGACGAUCUACGGGGUGUCCAAGGUCCACGCCGAACUCAUGGGAGAAUAUUAUCAUUACCGGUACGGGUUAGAUUUCCGAUGUCUGAGAUAUCCUGGCGUCAUUUCAGCUGACUCCCAACCUGGAGGAGGAACAACUGACUACGCAGUCCAGAUUUUCCACGAUGCUGUAAAGAAUGGCAAAUUUGAGUGCAACUUGAAACCCAGCACAAGGCUGCCAAUGAUGUACAUUGAUGACUGCCUCAGGGCCACCCUGGAAGUCAUGGAGGCCCCGGCAGAGUCCCUCUCCUUGAGGACCUACAAUGUCAGUGCCAUGAGCUUCUCCCCCGAGGAACUGGCCCAGGAGGUGCUCAAGCACAUACCGCAAUUCCAGAUCACCUACAACGUGGAUUCUGUUCGACAGGCCAUAGCGGAUAGUUGGCCAAUGAACUUUGAUGACAGCAAUGCUCGGAAGGACUGGGGAUGGAAACAUGUUUUUGACCUUCCAGAACUGGUGACAACAAUGUUGAACUUCCAUGGUUCCCAGAGUAGAGUUGCCCAAGCUAACUGAAGGACCCAGAGGAAGAGCUCGUAUAUCCUGGGAAGACAGUACUGACCCCAAGGUCAUAGACACAAGGAGACCUAGAUUAUCCAGAGUCGAGGCCUUAUUGGAUACAUUUUGGCAGCUCACAUUGAACUGCUGGAUGGGGAAUCGAGUUGGCUUUAACAUUUUCAAAAUGCUGUUGGUCUGGUGGUAGAGCUUCUAAAUCUUUGCUCUUUGCCUAAACUUGUCCAAACACAUAUAUCACAGAAUGAAGACUUAAGUCAUAAUAAUUUCCAUUUCCUUAACUAAGAUGAAGUGACUGUUUCUGGGAAGGUGGAAGUAUGUGAUGUUUGUGUUUAAUGAAAUUUCAUUUAAAUAUCACUUCUGAGCUUCUAUUAUUUUUUUGACUAGAGACCAAAAAUUACAUUUUAGAGAUUAUCAAAGAUGAUCUCCCAUUUAAAAGUACUCUUUUCAGUAUGGUUCAGACUGACAAAUGUCAGAGGAGGGGAUUAGGGGGGAGGGAAGAGAUAAACCAAGGAACUUA